AUGUCUGAAAAUGAACCCGCUUCGAGCAACGACAAGUCCGCCUGCCCCAAGAAACCUACGACCAAGAAAAGCUCUAGCUUUUUGUUGCCGAUUCUAUCGACCGGUGUAGUAGUGGCGCUCGCUAUAGGUUACGCCAAGUACGCAAAUGUACCACUGAGUACCGGCGGUCUGCAAAGUCUGGACGACCUCGUGUCCAUCUUUGGAGCCAAGUCAGGACUCGUAGACUCCAGUACGGAAAAUGUCCCGUACAAAUACGAGACGGACAUGGUGGCAAUCCAGGUACGCCACCUUGUGAGUGAGUUGAAAUGCAAUGACUCCGACUACUCCGCCUCGACGUUGUUUGAAGGUAAAGUGUUCCCUGUUACGGAGCCAAUGGAGGCAGAGCAGCCCAUGACCGACGACAGAGUUUUUUUCAUGCUCAACGGUGCCAACGACGGCGUCUACGUGUCCUGGAAUGGUCAAUUUGACUGUUUGGGUCAGGCGGCGGAGAUGGCAGCGGCGUGGCUUGGUGCAGACCGAGAUUUGAUGGCGAACGGCGUACGUCUUUACAGUCAAAUGGGCUGGCCAGUUCGCAAUACAAAGGAGUUACGUGAUACGAACAAUAUCGUUCAUGUGUUGUUAGACUUUCAGUUGUGGCAGUGGCCUGGUAUCAAGAAGGGAUACAAGUACAUCUUGGAGGACGGUGUGACGUUGACGACUAUGGGUAUUAGUCCCAAGGUGUUUGAUGUGAAGUACUUUUUCACCCAGGAAGAAGCUGAUAAGGUUAUUGAAAUUGGGUCGCUGACCCUGAACCGAUCAAUGGUGGACGGAGGCAAUACGUCUAAAGUGGUGUCGGAGUCACGCACGAGCCACACAGCUUUUUUGCCUGACAGCUUGUUCACGCGUGACUUUCAAAAGCGCUCGGCCCGUGUUAGUCGACUUCCAAGUCCUUCUUUUGUUGGGAGGAUGCAAUUGGUGCGGUACGCUGCUGGUGAGUUUUACCGGCAGCACUUUGAUACCUUUCACUCACGCGAGGUCUUGCCGAAGGGCGCAGACUCGUUUGAGUUUGAGGAUUACGUGGUGUGGACUAAGUGGGCAGCAGAAAAACUUCGUGGCCUGGACCAGAGCAGUGUACCUGAAAAGUUUCGGGAGGGUGAUCCGUUGUUUCCGAAUGCUGAUGAUCCGAUCAUUUUUCCGAAUGCACUUCUUGAGGCGUUUCAUGAAUACAUGAACACGUCCAACAGAUUCAACGCGCUGUUUGAUACCAAGUAUGACGAGUGGAUUCGUCUGAAUUUGGACAAUGGUACCGAAAACAUGAUGGAGGCCCUGAUGGAGACGGACCAGCGACCAUCGUACUUGCCGAGCAUUGUCAAGACGUGGGAGGAGAAGCUGGGUCUUGGUGAGCUUCGCUACACGUUUCCCAAGCACGACACGAACUCCGUUUCACACUUUUUUUACUGGGUUCGUUGGGCGAAGGAACGCGUGAGCUUUUUAGGAGAUAAGGUGCCGGCGGACGCUCGUCCUAAUGGAAGCUUGUAUCCCCGGUCUACAGUAAAGUUCCAAGACAUGCUGACGGGAUUUAUCCUUGAUGACUACACCCCGGGCUUUAUUAUACGCAUGACCAAUUCGGAAUGGUACGACUGGAUGGUGUUUAACCGCGGACGCAACCACGUUCUACUCAAAAUGAUGCAGGUUUGGCCGCAGUUCGCCGAGCUGGCGAUCCGUACCUGGGAAGCACGUGUUGGUAACGUCCCGGAGCUGCGUUACAAGCUGCCCGAGUACGUUCAGCAUUUCCAUCCGCAGCGGUAUGUGACACUGUUCCUAUAUUUGAACAACCAGACCAAAGUUGGUGGUGAGACGGUCUUUCCUUUCUCAUUGGAUCGGUAUUCGGAUGAAGAAAUCGUACGCGACGGAAUGGACGAAUGCUCUUCUGGUCUAGCAUUGCCUCCUCUCGGCUUGCAUGCUUCUCUCUUUUACGUCCAAACCCCAGAUGGCAUUCCUGACCCCAUGAGUCGCCACGGUGGUUGUCCGCCUCAAGAAGGUGUAAAAUGGGGCGCCAAUUCGUUCAUGUGGGAUUCGGAUUCCGAAGAAGGCGCCAAUUUUUGGUCCACGAAGUAA